UCAGACAAACAACACCCUGCAAGAUUCAUCCCCCAACUCACCCCAAGGUGAUCUCAUCUAACAUCAAAAUCGAAUAUAAAAAUCCCAUCUUUCCCUUUCCUUUUGUCUCUUUCUUUCUCACUUGCACCUCCCAAUUCUUGUAAAUACACACAAAAAAGGAACUCUUCUUUAUGAUCAAAAAAAUAGAAUCUUGAAAACCUUAAAAUGGUGAAUGUAAAGGGUGGAACAAGACCACCAUGGGUAGGAUUAGGAGCUGCAGUUUGGUUACAAAUAGCAUCUGGAAAUGCAUACAAUUUCCCACUUUAUUCUCAUUCAUUAAAAUCAGUUCUUGGUUUUAAUCAACAACAACUUACUAUGCUUGGUGUGGCAAAUGAUAUUGGUGAAAAUGUUGGACUUAUUCCUGGACUUGUUUGUAAUAAGUUCCCACCUUGGGUUGUUUUAUUAAUUGGUUCUUUCUCAUGUUUCUUUGGUUAUGGUGUUCUUUGGCUUUCACUUAGUCAAACUGUUCAGAAUUUACCUUAUUGGCUGUUAUGGAUUGCACUUUGUGUGGCCACGAAUAGCAGUGCUUGGUUCAGCACAACUGUGCUUGUGACUAAUAUGAGAAACUUUCCUCUAAGUCGGGGCACGGUUGCUGGGAUUCUUAAAGGCUAUGGAGGGCUCAGUGCUGCAGUAUAUACAGAAGUCUAUAGUGCAUUGCUUCGCAAUUCUUCUUCUAAGCUCUUGCUGUUCCUUGCAUUAGGUGUUCCUACAUUAAGUUUGUUAAUGAUGUACUUUAUUAGGCCUUGUACUCCGUCUUUAGGAGAAGAUUCUUCAGAGUCGUACCACUUUCUGUUCGUCCAAGUAGCUAGUAUCGUGCUCGGUGUCUAUGUAUUAACAACAACAAUUUUGGAAGACGUAUUUUCGUUAAACGUCUUUGUUUCUUACAGUCUUCUCGUUAUCAUGGUUGUCCUUCUAAUGGCUCCACUAGCCAUUCCUGCGAAGAUGACUUUUUAUCCGUCAAACAAAGGCAAGUUGGGCGUUUCCGAUGUAUCAGAAAAAUCGGAACCCUUGUUAACACCGUCAUCAUCAGCAACAAAUCUAGGAAGUUUUCAAGAGGGAGAAGAAAUAUCUGAAGUGGAUAUGCUUUUGGCUGAGGGGGAAGGUGCGAUAAAGAAAAAGAGGAGGCCAAGAAGAGGUGAAGAUUUCAAGUUUACUGAAGCUUUGGUCAAGGCAGAUUUCUGGCUUUUGUUUUUGGUUUAUUUUUUCGGUGUGGGUUCUGGGGUUACUGUUCUCAAUAAUCUGGCACAGAUUGGAAUAGCUCAAGGUCUUCAUGAUACAAAGAUCCUGUUAUCACUCUUCAGUUUCUGCAACUUUGUUGGUCGCCUUGGUGGAGGAGUUCUUUCAGAAUAUUUUGUCAGGUUAAAAGCAGUACCUAGAACAGUUUGGAUGACAUGCACACAAGUAGUAAUGAUCAUUACCUACCUUCUGUUUGCUUCUGCACUUAACGGUACCUUAUAUGCAGCGACAGCAUUACUCGGAGUCUGCUAUGGCGUUCAAUUUACAACAAUGGUCCCAACAGCUUCUGAGCUGUUUGGUCUCAAGCAUUUUGGUAUAAUUUUCAAUUUUAUGUCGCUCGGAAACCCCUUAGGUGCUUACCUCUUCUCCGGUCUGCUUGCCGGGUUUCUCUAUGAUAAUGAGGCAGCCAAGCAGCAUACUUCCACUUGCAUGGGUCCUAAUUGCUUUAGAGUCACCUUCCUUGUUCUGGCUGGAGUAUGUGGUCUCGGCACCAUGCUUAGUAUCGUUCUUACCAUGAGAAUAAAACCCGUUUAUCAAAUGCUUUAUGCUGGAGGAUCGUUUCGGCUACCUCAAAGUUCAAAUCAUUAGGUAUCUUGAAAAAAAUCCGAGUGACGUCAUGUGGUAAUGUUCUAAAGGAAAGCACAUUGACAAGUACCUGAUUGCCUGUGAGGUCAAAUCUCGGACAGUAUAAUAUUUUUGAAAUUUGUUGUGAUUUGUAUGAUAUGUUUGAUAAUUUUAGGUUAUUUCGGGUGUGUCCACGAUGAAACAUCUUGCAGUUAGAUGCUUAAACUACUGAAUGUAACUACUUGCUGAGUUGUAACACUUGAUACAUGAAGCUAUAGUAAGAAAUAGCGUCCUCUCAUCUAA